CCUAUAUCGACCUAGAGCAUCGCUUGAAAGUCGCAGUAGGGGAAGCGAUUUUCGAUUUUGAGCAGGGACGAGUUUCAGUUAAGGCUGCGGCUCAAAGAAAUAUUUCUAAUCUACCUUGCUGGCACUAAUUGUAAUGAUUACACCUUGUAGUUCGCAAAUUGUUCAUCUUCAACAUCAUUAUAAUAUAAUAUUUCCGGAAGUAUAAUAAUUUCUCCAGUGUAAUAAAAAGUAUUUAGGUAGUUGUAAAUGCUUCUGACAAAAUGAACGUACUGAACUGAUUGUGGAAGUACUUAGAUGUUAAUCUACCGUGUUGAGGAGCUCUAAUUUAUCAGGACCAAGAACAACCUCUGGGAGGACAGCGGCCGAACAAGAUGCAGCGAUAAUUGUGAGAGCGCGCGACAUCCUGAAAAAGAAGCUCGAGUCCGACCUCAAGGAGAACAUUCAAGCAGCGCUAGCUCGUUUGAGAUCUCUGGCGCAGCAGGAGCAGCGGCGAGCAUCCUCUCCUUCACGUGAACAAGCGCUUCCACUGCGUCACGUGGCAGAACAGUUUAUCAGCGUUGAGGAUCUAGAGGGGGCAACGAUCUCUGGCCUUCGGUCGGUCCUCAAGGAGUGGAAAUCGCAGCCGGAACGACGUGACGGACAAGCAGCCGUAGGUAAGCGAGCUGCACCUUCUCCAAGCCCCAGAGGAUCUGUGACACGUGUCCCAGUGGAACCGCAACCAC